GGGAUAGGAAGUGACGUGUAAAGACAGAUCGUGCUUCCAUUGGACCCGGAAGUGAGAGGAAUACCGGGGAAGAUGGAGGCGCUUAGAGGUGUCCUGGUGCCGGCGAUCCUUCCCGAGAGCUGCUAUGAUGAGUUCUUUCUCCAAUACAACCUGCUGCACGCUACUGCCCCUGAUUACUGCUCUUUCCACCAUCAACUGCCCCUGAUUACUGCCCUUUCCACCAUCAACUGCCCUCUUUCUUUACCAUCAAUUGCCCUGAGGGUGAAUGGAUGGCUGUGUCUCUGCAGUGCCUGGGGGGAGGUUCUCUUCCUCAUGAUCCAGACUCUCGUCAUCGGAUUUCUCAUCCAGCACCUGGGGAGCCGCACAAACCUGGGAAUCUUGCUCCUCGGUAUAUACUUCUCCAUUGUGGCCGUCCUCCUGUCUCCCGUGGUCCCCAUGGCGGUGGUCACGGUGCUCCAGGCGACCAAUGUGCCGGCGGUUAUUAUUAGCAGGCUGAUCCAAGUGAUGACCAACUACAGGAACGGCCACACGGGUCAGUUAUCGGCCAUCACCGUGACGCUUCUAUUCCUCGGCUCCCUGGCGCGAAUAUUCACCUCCGUCCAGGAGACCGGGGACCCCCUCAUGGCUCUGACAUACGUGGUCUCCUCGGCAUGUAACGGCCUCAUCUUCGCGCAGCUGAUGUAUUACUGGAACGCCGGGCCGGCCGGAGAGAAGAAGAGAAACUGAAGAGAACACGCAAGAGACUUCCGGAAUCAUUCCACACG